CGCCAUGUUUAUGCUGCGUUACGUUUUACGAUUGUUUUCUAUUGGCAAUAAGUUCAAGAGAUAAAUACCGGACUUGAUUAAUCUAACUAUUUAUUGAUUCAGGCUGCAUCAAGUCUACCAUUAACUUGAAACAUUCCAAUGACGUCAGCUGGAUGCCGUAUCACAAGGUCACGUGUAACAUCAGGGCCUCGUCCACUGCCUCGGCAGGUUUCCUGUAUCGCCAGGUCACACUUGCUCUUGAUCUUGUUGCUUGUAGACCUCAGCCAGGCACCUGACCAUCGAAUCAAGACUAAGAUGGAGCUAGACCUGUGCCACGCUCAGUGUCUGGCAACAUGCCGUGAACUCAAGGAUUCGCUAUGCGAUUGCACCAAGUGGAAGGAUCCCAACAAUGCUCAGUCAGACGUGACCAUGUGGCUAGCAGACUGUCCAGACCCGGAAUCGUUUGACUGUUCCGGAACGUGUUCCGAAUUUCAAAAGCAAAAUGAGACGUUUCCUAUAAGGCCAGAGGUCUGGAUCUACAAUGAUGCAGCAAACGGACUGACAAUCUUGAACUGGGUCACUGAUGCAGAGCCUAGCACUGUCUUUUUUGUGGCUCGCGUCUGGCCCACACAGUAUGGCGAGAUCUGGGCAACAACCAUAGAGGUGGUGAAUGUUUCUUCCCUGACGUUUACUAACAACAAAGGUCCGUGUUUUUCACCAGACCUGCGAGUGGCCGCGGUGUCUUCUGCUGGUAUAGCAGGCUUCAGUAAACCCGCCAAAACAAUUGUGUCUCCACCUGGUCAGCCUAGAAACAUCUCUCUGACCAUCCUCGACCACGACCAGACAAGUCUGGAUAACGAAACAAUAAUAUACACUCUGAUGUGGAAGCCAGAUUUGGGAUGGUCUGGCGAUGAACUGAAAUAUGAAGUAAAAGUGGACACAAAGUGUAUGAACAAACAUCUUGACCAGUUCUAUAUCAUAAAUGAUAACAUACAAGUCACCAAAGACCAAGCAAAAGAAGACCUCUUUGUCCAGACUGGAAGAAUGUUUACUUACGCCAUUGGUUGUACAUUCAACUUUCAACUCAAUCUGACCCAUGUGUGUGACCAGGAAAUCAACAGUGAUGCCACUCAAUUCUCGUACACUCUUGGUUGCCAGGAUUUACACAGCUAUUACACUGGAGAACAUUGCCUUCCACCACCAAUUGUAGAGCCCGGGCCAGUUCGAAAAGUAAAAGUGAAUGCUCUCCCUUUGACAGACAGCCAGCUUGUGGUGGUCACGUGGCUACCGCCCGAGAAUCUCGGCUCCGCCGGAUACGUCAGCGCUUACCACGUGGUAUGGGGUUUGAUCAGGAUCGCUCAUGUGGCCAACUCUCUGGACGCUUUUGCUCAGAUGUACAUCGCAGACGUCCUGGGUAAUAGGACCGUGCCAGGGACAGAAUUCGGGACAGACAUCCAUGUCAACAAAUCAGACAUGCCUCCUAAUACAGACAUCGGUAUAACGGUUCGAGCUAUUGGACCGGAUCAAGUCAUUAACAAUGAUGUCCAGGGUUUGGUCUACAAGGAUGCUAAACAAUGGACAGCUGGACAUCAACAAGGGACUGUAGUAGCUGACGACGGGACUAUUGUGGUACUUCAGUACAAGAAAGUCAGCUCGGACCCCCUGACCUGGAAUAGAGACCCACCCGCAUUAAGGACCGGCACGACCUUUUUCAACAAUGACACGACCACGUCGAGACCAGAGACGCCCAGUUUUGAUGACGACACACUCUCUUUGGAAGAAGAGACUACACUCUCUUUCCCUCAAGACGCCACUUUCAAUGGUUCCACUCAUCAGACUGAGACACUUGUUAGAGUCACUAGCGAUUUCCUCGGCGUCAUGACUCACAAGCCUCUUUCUGGUGCAUUACUUUUCUGGCGGAGGCACAUGCUUGGCGUUAACACAACUGAAGUUCUCGGCUACAGGAUACAGUGGGGCUUGACUGACAGUGAAUGCAUAAGCAACCAAUCCAUUGGUGGAGAAUUUUGUGAUGGCCAGGCUUUCACCACUGUGACAGACGAAGAGUUUCUGCCCUUGUAUAACUUGACCACUAACGUGACCUACGGAUUGAAGAUUAAACCAGUUCACAAUCUCUCUUUCUUUGAUUCAGACGACACGACCUGGGAUGACGUUGUUGUACACACCUUCGUCUUGAGUGACUUACCAGAGCUCAAUGAUGAUCCUGUAACCCCCGGGACCAGUGUCAUGCCUUCAACUUCUGAGGCAGGUGUGAAAGGUGCCACGUCCGAUGACAAUCAGGUUGACUUGACCUUGGUGACCAUAGCUGUUUCCUGCUCAGCAGCUGUGCUUCUUUUGUGUGUACUAGCUGCCGUCUUUUGGCUUAAAAGAAAGCGUUUGAAACGAUCGUCCUUGACCUACAUGGGUUCACCAGACGACAGAAACUAUUCCGUCUUCGUCCCUGGAAAGAGCCUUAACAGCAUUCCCAAGGGCCCCGUUGCGACCGAUGAGUGGGAGCUGCCCUUGACAUGUCUCAAGUUCGGACCUAUCUUGGGCUCCGGUGCUUUUGGAAAGGUCGUCAAGGGUCGUAUCUCCCGGGCCAUGCUGACUCACCGUGGAGUAGCAUCACUACUUGCAGACUAUGGGGCGUGUUUACAAGAAGGAGACACCGUGCAUGCUACAGUUGCCAUAAAGCUGUUGCAAGGUGACUGUGAGGGCGUGUACAGGCAGGACUUCCUAAAGGAGAUCCAGCUGAUGAAGAAGAUCGGCUACCACGAGAACAUUGUCAGCAUGCUGGGCUGCUGUACGCUGCGUGACCCCGUCUGUCUGGUCGUCGAGCAUGUGGGUCAGGGUGACUUGCUGAACUACCUGAAGUCUAUCCGGCACAAGCUACAGGCGCUUCCUUCCUCCAGACGACAGUACGUCAACAGUAUUGUAGAGAUCAUUGACCCACUGGACCUGUUACGCUUUGCCGGUCACAUUACUCGAGGCAUGGACUUCCUGGCAUCCAAAGGUUUCGUCCACCGUGACCUCGCAGCCAGGAACGUCCUGGUGGGCAACAACAAGGUCUGCAAGAUUGGGGACUUCGGCCUGGCCAGGUACGUCUACGACAACGUGGUCUAUAUCAACAGACGAGGGGGCAGACUUCCGGUCAAGUGGAUGUCCGAGGAAGCCAUCUUUGAUCUGACCUUCUCCACUGCCAGCGACGUAUGGUCAUUCGGAAUAGUUCUCUUUGAGAUUGUAACACUUGGAGGCACCCCAUAUCCCACCAUUCCUACAAGAAAUCUCCUCAAAGAGCUGCAGAAGGGCUACAGAAUGGAGAAACCAGUCAAUUGUUCUCAAGAGCUGUACGCUGUGAUGCUGCGAUGUUGGGAGAAAGUACCAACCUCUAGACCAAGUUUUACCUACCUGUCUCAAUGGCUGGACGGUCUCAUUUCCGAAAGCUCAGCCUUGGGCCAUAUCGACCUCACCCAGAAUCUUGGACACAGUCAGUAUUGGGUUGACGAUGUGGUGACUGAAGACGAAGACGACGCUAUUGCUCAGAGAAUCAAUCUGCUCAAUGCAGCAACAGCUGAAGUUUCCCAGCAUUCCAAUCUCGCAAUAGAUCGCGGCUCAGAGGUAGCCAAAGAGGAGACAUCCAACUCUUACACGGUCACUCUGUCAGACGAUUCGGGCUACGUGGGUCAGCAAAAGGUCAGUGUAUCUAGUAGUGGGUCGAACCUUAGACCUUCUUUACUGGAUUCUGAGUCCAGCUCACCGGCAUCGUUGACCAUGUCCAACAAGAACGGUAGCUCUCCCAGUUUUAGCAUUUCCUACGCUGAUACGAACCUGGACGAUGUGUUUUUUGAUGAAGUCCCUGAAAGAAAAAUUGCACAAGACACUUCCUCUGAAGCACCACCAUCUUUAUUGAGUAGCAAUCCAUUAGGCCACGCAUUAGCGCAACCGGAGGUCUUUUUGCGUAGACAUUCUUCAUCCAGCUCAAUGAAAUCGGUUAGCCUCAGCGGAUCGGCUAGCAGCUUGAUAUCCAGACAGCGCCGAUAUAGCGAAACAGACAUGGUAACUAGCAUGAAGAAAAGUCAAUCAGAGGCAUCAGAGUAUAUGACAAUGUCACGGCUGUACAGUAAAACAAAAUCAAAGCUCAGCCCAUCGGUGAUGAUAAAGAAAAGUAGUCCUAGAAUGUUUUCAGCACUUGCUGUUGACAACAAACUUUACAGAGCUAUCGGGAAUUCAAAUAAGUCAACACCGCCAGCGUGUAUUUCUAACAGGAAGCUGAUUCUGGCAGGGAAAAAUUUUCUUACAAGUGUGGCAGAAGGCGAAUGUGGAGAACAAUUUAAAACCUUGACUCCGAAGCAAGAGCUGAAAGAAAAACUCAAUAAAUCUGUCAGUCAAAGGAGAAUUAUGGUCAACGUUGAUGUCCACCAACAGUCUGAAAUUCAAAUUUUGGAUACCCGUUUAAUAGAUAUAUCAAAGUCUUCAUCAUGUGACGUUUCACCAGUCAAUGAAACACAGACUCUGUCAAACAGUUUCUCUGAGUCAAAGUCUAACAGCAGCAUUGGAGUAAAGACAUUUCCCGACACUGCCAAGAUGAAGACAUUCUUCCCCAGACUCCAUGACGUGAGAAAAGAGGUAACGAAGAAGGUCAAGGCUCAAGACCCUCUAAGGCUGGUGAACAUGCUAACACUUCCUGUCAAUCUAAACAGCCUGGAAAAUAAAAGAAUCUUUUCACGCCAAGGGAAUGACUCUAUUCCUCCAGCCGUAGGUGAAGAUCAACGUAAAAUUACUCAACGUGACCCGACCAAAGUCACGUUUCUGCUGCAUGACAAAAGUGAAACUGAUGGGAGUGACAUCCCCUUGGGGAUGGAGUUAGACAAUGAUUGCACAUACUUUCAGACAGGUGUCGGCGCUGAAAGAGCGUCCGCCAAAAGAACGUCUUCUUGGGAAGACCUUCGCUGUUUCAGCAGAAUUAAUAUGAAAUUAAGAAGAAGAUCCUCCGACCCAAAUACAUCUCUGAUAUCAGAGCCAUCCCCACAAGGCUCCAGCAGCUCCUCUGUCCUUCUAGUCGGCUCCGAAGAUGACUCCCAGCAGAGAAGCAGCCCGGCUUUGCGCAGCUCCGUGAGCUGUUUCUGGUGGCCUUCACCGAGGAAGCGACGCAUGGGGACCGCAGACGACUCUGACCUUGACCUGCAGCAAGAAAACCAGACGUACCCCAAUGAGAAACAUCCUUCGGCUUUACACUUGGUGUCAGAUAAGAGCAUCAGAAGCAGGCCAGUGUCCAGUCUAGAAGUCUGAGUGUCAUUCACAGCAAGAGAAGUCCAGAAUGGCACAUGAUAAAUAGAAUCAGUAGUUAUACGCUGACUAAAGAGAACACUCUGUUGCUAAAUUUAUUUCAGUAAUAACAUAUUCAUAUUUCAAAAUAAUCUUCAUCAUAUGUUUUUAUCAUCACAUUAACAUGCCCUCUUUGUAUUUACUGCAAACGGAUUUAUACUGUAUAGACCUAUCGAAAUUAUUACUGUCAUGAAUCGAGUCUGUGACCUAUUUCGACCAGUUUCUAGAAGCUCGAGGUCAAACAAGUGCUAGUGUUCGGCGAAAACACAUUAAUUUUAGGUAUCCAAUCAAGGAAAGAGGUUAAGUGAAAAAAAAAAAUAGCACACGUCAGCUUCUAAAAGGUCAAAGUUACUAAAAUAAUUAGGGGAGAAGUUUCCAUGAUUCUGGAAUGUACGAUUAAGAAAGGUAUAAAUUAGGGGGAAGUCAUUUAGACGGGGUCCUCGCUUAGUCCUCGCUUAGAAAUGGUUUGGUAGAGUUAUAAGUUUUGUGAUAUUAGCGGGUCCAUUAAUUAGAGUUUUAUGAGUUGUAGUGAUAUUUGUUGAAUUAAUAGGGGUUGAAGUUACCUUAAUUGAAGUUACAGUAGCUAAAGUAUUAUAAGUGAAGUUUUGUGUACCUUUAAGAUUUGGUAUAAAAAGUUAUAUAUAUAAGAAAGUUGGAGAAGUAUUAUUAAAGAAGAUUUAGAGAUAAUACAGAGAGAUGUUUCUUUCUUCAUUUCAUUUGAAUUAAGAAGUUUGAUAAUAUAAUUCCCGGCAAGUGUGAUCGUCACAGUUACCUACUUUAAAACAAUCGAUUAAUAUCACACUAUGACAGUGACGAAACCAAAAUAAAAAAAACUAUUUAAA